CUGUUGCAAGACUGCCUCGACUCCGACUCGCGCUUUGGCAUCGUGCUCAUCAAGUCUGGCGAUGAAGUCGGGCAGCCAGCUAUUCCGCAUCCCGUCGGCACCGUCGCGCAUAUCACGCAGGUCAACGAGAUUCGGGGCGACCGUUUCUUCGUCGCCAUUACGGGAGAGCGACGCUUCAAAAUCAACACCAUCACGCAGCACCGUCCCUAUAUCACGGCUGACGUAUCUGUGCUGCCUGACGACGAUGCGGAGGAAGCUCGACCUCAGUCCGAAGACAUCCGACAACUGCUGAACGAAUAUCUCAGGCUGAUUACGGGGCUUCAGGGCGGCUGGACAAGCGAAGUCCGCACAUCGCGCGACCCUGCGGUGCUGUCCUACUACAUUGCCGAGACGCUGCUCAUCGACCUGUCCGAAAAGCAGCAGUUACUCGAACAGCCCAGCGUCGCCUCUCGACUCGAAUCGGAGGCGGAAGUGCUGCGCCGCGACAUUGACCAGCUUCGCCAGCGCGUUGCCGUCGAGAUGCGCGACAGAUUCAGCCGCCAAUAA